AUGGAAUUUUCUUCGGUUUGGGUCGUGAGAGGAGCCCAACGCAAGAAGUUGACGUGCACCAAAGUGGAGGCUUCUUCGAGGCCGGUCACGUGGUGCCCGCUGCUCUGUGCUAUUCUGUGCUCGUUGCUUUGCAUCACAAGGUUCCUACGCUCGGAGCACUACGUGGAGUUCUCGGGGCUGAAACUCAAAGUGCAAAUCGUGGAGGACCUUUACAAGCUGGAGUGGAUCUGUCAGCAUCUCAGCACAGCGGCCUUCGGCGGCAGUUGCGGCUUGCGCUUCCGUGGCGAAGCCUUUUCGGCCCUAGGCUUGGAGAUCAGCAACGGCGGGCACGUGGCGGCCGAGACUUCGACAUUUCUGCAGCGGACACUGUGGGGAGGCCCUCCGGGCUGCGAAAGCAGCGCGGAAAGCCUUCGACAACAUCAGAAGCUGAGCUCGGAGAAAGCUGAAGUGGUGAAGGGCGCGUGCGCGUCUCCUUCGAAUCCUUGCAGAAGCUGCUGGGAGAUUUUACCUCCUGAAGCUGCGAGAAAGUGGCGGAGCACACGGAUUUAUGAGUCGGGAAAAUUGUGCGAGUUCAGUGAAAUGCUGCUGAACGCGCCGGCAGGGAUUGCAGAAUCCUCUACAAGUACGAAUGAUUUCAAGAAUUCAGCUGCCUGCUAA